AUGUCGAGUGCAGCAAUCGAGACAGAAAUCAACAAAUGGAGACUGUGGGGCGUCAACAGAUUCCUCGAGGUGAACACUGCCUUGUCACUAAAGCAAGAAAAGAACGGCGAGCCACCAACCCUUGAUCUGGUCAGAUCCUUAUACCAUGGAGAUGAGAAGGAAGCCAAGACACUCUUGCAGGAAGCUCGAUCUUCGCUCAAAGACAUGGACAUGAUAUGGGUUAUAUUCGGAGCUUGCGAGCUUCUCAACGACUUCCCACUGCGAACCUCCAAGAAGAAUGGAUCUGUGCUCCUCAAGCAUAGCGACGUCUUUCGCACAUUCGGGAAGAAAACUUCUCAAGGUACCAAGCUUUACACCGAAGCUGGUGAGGCCUACCUGCGUUUUCGAAGGAUCAGAGACCUCAAUACUCUGCCUAUGCUCCAGUUCACCAAAGAUUACCUGCCUGCGGGAUGGAUGGAGUACACAUCCUACAGAUCAAACAUCAGCCAACAAUCAGAAUCGAGUACUGAUGCCAGCUUACCGAUCUUUGACAUUCUUAUGUCUACAAGUCUCGACCUCUUUGAGCAGAUUGACGCAGAAACCACUGAAUCAACCAAGCCUCCCCCAUUCGUUUCACAAACCCUCCUCGAACUGAUCAAACAUACGAGCUACACAGACUACAACACAAGCGAACAGGGCUGGAGUGACAGCAAGAAACUGGAUGAAAUGAAGGAUGAAGAUAUGCGCUACCUAAUCGUUAGGCUCCAAGGAGGUCACUCUCCAGAAACCGAGAAGCAAUGGAGCGAAAACCUAGAGUUGGACCCAUCAAUCAUUGGCUUCUUGUCUUUCAUGAUCACAGAAGAAGAAGAAGAAAAUGUCGCCUACAUCUACGAAAUCCACAUCUCCGAGCACUUCCGGGCCUGUGGUCUGGGACGACACCUCUUCGGUCUGGUCGAAAACAUCGGUAGAGCCACUGGUAUGGACAAAACAAUGCUCACCGUCUUCACACGUAACACGCACGCACGAAGAUGGUACGACUCACGCGGAUACGAAGUAGAUGAGAUCAGUCCAAGGCCAAGAAAACUCAGGGGGGGAAGAUCUAUUGAACCAGAAUAUGAGAUUCUAAGCAAGCGUCUCCAGGAACACGCGAACAAGAAGACCAAGUCAUGA